CUUCGUCCGAGAUCGGUUGCUGUGCGAGCGCCGCCCCACGCCUCGUGCUUCGAUUUUUCGAGAGAUCUCCUCAGUUGUUUUCUCACCGGCGAUCGUGACUCACGUGGUGUGUGCAGAGCCUUUCGUCGUACGUUUAGCCAAUGCUUUUUAAGUAAAAGUUUUAGGUCGAUAUUAUUUUUAAAUCUUUUUUACGCUGUGCAGUGUGAUAUUUGUUUUUAAAAAUCAUUUUAUGUUUCAAUAACUUGUUUUCCUUUCUUUAAGUUUUAAGCGCAUUUAACCUAACCGGUCGGUGUUUUUAAGAAUUCCUCGUUUUCGUCCCGCGAGUAUUUAGUUCAAUUUAUCAGUGAUGCCGGCGAGUUUGUACCCCGAAAUGGACUCCAGCGUGGAUAGUAGAGCUUUACAAGUGGCGUUCGAACUAUCUCUCAUGAGCAUGAAGGACACAAGUGCCAUCACACCAACGAAUAUUUCGGAUUUGGAACCUACCCUCACUUCUCAACUGCAGAACCUUAUCUCAGCGCCGGAAGAAACCCGAAACAAAAAGAGCCAAAAUAUGACUGAAUGUGUUCCUGUACCCAGUUCCGAGCAUGUUGCCGAAAUUGUCGGAAGACAAGGCUGCAAGAUCAAAGCGCUGCGCGCGAAAACGAACACGUACAUCAAGACGCCGGUGCGAGGCGAGGAGCCGGUGUUCGUGGUGACAGGGCGGAAGGAGGACGUGGCGAAGGCGAAGCGGGAGAUCAUCUCGGCGGCGUCGCACUUCACGCAGAUCCGCGCGUCCCGCAAGAACAACCUGGCCGGGGGCUCGCUCACGCCGCCCGGACCCCCGAUCAACGUGCCCGGACACACGACGAUCGAGGUGCGCGUCCCGUACCGCGUCGUGGGCCUCGUGGUCGGGCCCAAGGGCGCCACGAUCAAGCGGAUCCAGCACCAGACGCAGACCUACAUCGUCACCCCCUCGCGCGACAAGGAGCCCGUCUUCGAGGUGACCGGCCUCCCCGAGAACGUGGAGCAGGCCAAGCACGAGAUCGAGGCCCACAUCGCCGUCCGCACCGGCACCGGGAACAUGUCCCCCGACGGAAUGCUCUCCAACUCCCCCGUCAUGGAGGACGGCGACCUCCUCAACUCCCUCUGCAAGUCCGGCUUCGGCUCCCUCUUCAACUACACCAACUCGGACACCGCCCUUAGCUUCCCGCCCUUCUCCGGGAGCUCCGGCUGCAGCUCGGCCGGCUCCGCGUCGUCUAGCUCGUCCAAUUCGGGCGCCAACCCCCUCAACGACCUCUGCAACAUCUGGAACAUGUCCUCCUCUCUGGAUCGCGACGAAGGGAUCGGCGACUCGCCCUCCUUCGAGACUGCCAACGCCACCUCGAAUAUCUGGUCGUACCCUUCGGUGACCCGCCAAUCGGCGUCGCCCACCGACUCCCUGUGCGGCAAGAGGGAUUGCGUCGUCUGCGGGGACAAGGAGGUGACGGCGGCUCUGGUCCCGUGCGGUCACAACCUCUUCUGCCUGGAGUGCGCCAACAAGAUCAAGGGCAGCGCCAACGCCACCUGCCCCAUCUGCAGCACCCUCGUCAUGCAGGCCAUCAGGAUCAUCUCUUAAGCUAGAUUUUGUUAUCCUAUUUCAAAAUUUUAUCUCAACCCUACUCUGACGAUCCCGGCUAGCCGGGUCUGAACUUUAUUAUUUUCGAGCCCUUCACUUUAUCUUUUCCUCAACGUAUCAACUUGUACUUAACUCCUUUCAACUCCUGCGAAAAAUGAAAGAGAAAGACAUUAUUUCUAAUUUUACCUUUUAUUGUUAACUUGUUGUUUUGUUAGAUAUAUAUGUUCAAAUUGUUUUAUCAUGUUUUGUUUUUCAUAUUGUUUAGGUGAUCUCACUUCGUACGGCUUAUUUAUUAUUUAUUAAAUUAUUUCUUUAUUUUUCUUUUUUUUCUCAGUUUAAUUUUAUUCGAUUUUAUUUAUUAUUUUUUAUGAUUUUUUUUAUAUUUUUUUAUCAAGGUUUAUUUGCGUUUUUACGGUUACAUUUGAAAUUUCCAGUAUUGAACAGAUUAAACUCGGUGACUUUUUUUUAUUGCAAAUUAUGUCUUCACCUGACUUGUAAGCUUUAAGAGAUGAGGCAUUGAUGAAAAGACGAAGCAUUUGUAAUGCAUAUUACUAUUCAUAAUUUCUCUCUUGAACAUUUCUACUGAACUCAUUACGACCACCGGUUGACCACUUUCAUUUUUUAAAAGAAAAAAGUUAUUGAGGUUUAUUGUAGUGAGACUUAAUUUAGGAAAUAAUUUUAUAUUUUUCACCAACCUUGUUGUUUGAAUUCUAGAAAUUUUAACCAGGUGUACCGAAAACAUCUUACUCCAUAAAUGAGGGAUCUGAUAUCAUGAAUGAUAUAUCACUUUUCCUUCUCUUUCCUUUUCCAAAACAAUUAAGCUUUAACAAUGUUAUUUUAAAGAGAAAAAAACGAGUGAAUUAAAUUAAAAGAUACUAAAUAUAUGAUAUAUUUUAUUGUGUGAUUUAAAAAUUUUAAUUAUGUUAAAAAGACUUAUAACUGAAUUUGUAAAUAUUUAUCUAUAUGAGCUGAAUUUCUAAUUUAUUUUAUUUUUUCCCUUCAGUUACUUUAUUUGUUAUAACGAUAAUGAUUAAAUUAUAUUUAUUAUAUUAUAUGUAUAUAGAUUUAUAACUUAGUUUUCCUUUUCCAUUUUUUCUCUUGCGUUCAUCUCUCUUAAAAAUGGCUCUCAGAUUUUUUUAUUUCCUUCCAUUCUUCGAAAAUGAGAUGGUUCAGCAUAAUACUCUUAAGAUGGCUCAUAUAUUUAUUUUCGUAAUAAAAAUUUAAAAAAAAAAGAAAAAAAAUUAAAAUUGAGUAAAUCAUAUUAAGAAAUAAGUUUUUAUAAACAUCAGACUGUGAUUUAUUAUACUGCCAAUAGUUUACAGUAAGUAACAUUCAUCAAACUUCACACACUUCUAAUUAUCUCUAUCAGUCUCUUCUUUUUCUUUCAGUCCCAUUCGUACUAUUUUGCAGCUACCUUUACGGCAGUCCUAUUCCUAAAAUGUUUAGACUUGCUGCCUGCCCGUAUUCUUACUUGUAUUCCUUGUUUGAACUAUCUUCAGCCGGAUACUUUUCCAAAACAAAACAAAAAAUCCUAAUUUCUCAAAAGUUGAAUAUCCCCGUUGCAUUAAUUAGCCAGGUAUUCAUUUGUAUUCCUCCCAAAUCUUGACGUUGUGUCUCAUCCAAGGGGGUUAGACUCGAUCUAUUGCGCUCUUUUUUCAAAAUCAACCGUAUUUGAGACGUUUUUUACACCCGGUUUUUGGCAGGGAAUUUCAAAGAUUAACGUCUGCUAAUGUGAUUCUGUUGAAGCACCGUCAGUCACACGAGAGGCAGCGACCGGUCGCCAAGUUUUGCGAAAAACCGAUCAAGUUUUCGAUUAAUCCUGUGACAUUCUCGCCAGUUUCGGCAACGUUGCUUCCUCUUUUCGGCAACUCUUCGUCUCCGCUUCCAGGAAUCACUUUCCUCAUCUUUUGUCGUCCAUUACCUGCAGUUUUCAUUCUUAUUUUCUGUAUGAAUAGACCCGGGCCGUAGCAGCAGCUUCUCUCAUUUCUCAAAAAUCCCGGAUUGUGUGUUCUCUCUCCUCCCCCGUUUGUCCGGACCCCUCGGCAUUCCCUAGCGGCUCGAGUGUGUUGUAGCUUCGCACCACGCAGGCGCACCGCCAAGACCACCCGUCCGUACCCAGAAUUUCUCAUUAUUUUACGAUUUCAUGUGAAUUUUUCAAAUUUCAACCGGUCGAAAACUUAGUAAAAUUUGUCCCUUUAAAAUGUCCUAGCCCACUUUUUAUUCAUAGAAGUACUCGCCAAAGCAAGUGUACAGUUCACAGGCAUUAAUUACCAUGUAAUUAUUAAGCCCGUUACUUUUUUUCAAUUUUCUCUAGGUACUGAAACAGUAUCUACCUUCACAAAUGGACUUUGGACCAUAAUUUGUGGAAAAGUAUCUGUUGCUAGUGACUCGCGAUUUUUUCGCACGAGGAAAACGCUGGUUGCCCCGUUUUCGGUUUUCUUCUUCUGCUUGUACGACUUUUUCCUCUUUUCGUAUGGAGAUAAGCAUCUGCGAGGGCAACUUAGACUCUUAGGGUGCCUUUAAGACUGACUAAAUCAAAAUUUUCAGCUCGACGCUUAAGACUCUCCAUUUUAUAUUUUGAUUUUUGAAGCUUCAAGCUGCUUAUGAAAUGAAAUAGCAACUGAGCUGGAAAAUGAUUCAUUUUGAUGCAGUGGUUGUUUACUUAGAUAAGUCGCUUUUGAAAUACCCCCCCCCUCCUCCCCCUUUUUCUUUAAAUUAUGUGUUGAUUUACUCUCUGGUGUUCCCACCCUGUGAGGAAAGUUUUUGGCAUAGGCUUUACAAGCGGGAGUUUGGAUAGAUUUGUUUAGGUUUGAAUUUUAUGUUGUAACAUGUAUUGGCACCCUGUGUUAGUGUCUAAAUGUUGUGAAUAUGGUAUGUUGAUUGUCACUCUUCUCGUUUGGAUUCGUGUUUUUGUUAUGAGAUGAUUAGGCUAUUCAUUAUUAACCUCCAAUUUGGUUAACUUUUCAAUUCUAGCUGAUUUUAAUUGCGAUUUAUAGCACUCAAGUACUGUGAGACAGGCCCAGAGAUGUUUGUUGACUAGCUCAAUUUUUAUGUUGUUUUUCCCUCGGUAUUUUAGUCUUACUUACUCAAUUAUUCCCCUCUACGUGUUUAAUUAACUUUUUGUUACUAGUUAUCAGAGCAGUAUACGCUUUUUCUUCCUUUUUUUACGAAUUUUAUUCAUAUUUUUGUUUCGAGAGUCUACCAAAUGCCUCUCAGUAUUUUAUGACUUCUUUUGCAUUCAUCUCGUACUUACGUGUGUAAGUGCAUGCUCCCUUUUACUUAAUAUUCCAGAAUCAUUUAUUUUGGCAGCAUUUUAGUUUUUUAUUUUUCUCGACUGUCUUUAAUCGGCGGUUUAUAGCUUAAAGUUUUUUCGACGUUUCGGUUUUUCUCCUCUAAGAAGAUAAUUCUAAACUCGAAUCCUAAAAUCAUAACUAAUAUCCUUUUUCACCCCCCAUUGAACUGCGUCCCAGGGGCACUUCCUGAUACCUUUUCCCAUUCCUAUCAUUAAAUAAUUUUGUUCUCCAUUUAAAUAAUUGCUCGAAGAAAUGAUUUGAAUGAAGCUGAUGCAAAAUUAAUUUGAAAGGAAAAAGUAAGUUUAAAAAGGAAGGGAUAAGUAUUUUUAUAAUUUAAAUGUUAUUUGUAUGUCUUUAAUGUGUAUUAGGUUUUAGUAGGUAUGUACUUAGACGUUUGCCACUUUUGGGCUCACGUUGCUUAGGCCAUUGGUAAGAGUAUUCUGUUGCGCCAUUUUCUUUUAGUCGGGAGGAAACUUUCCAUAGAUCUUUGCCCUGCAAAUGUUACUUAGUACUCAUUUCUGUCCCCUAUCUUCUUCCUUUCCCUGAAAGUCUCAUUUGUGUUUUGUAUAUCUUGACCUGCUCCAAUAAUUUAUUCAAUGUUAGAACUAUCAUCAUCGUAUGGAAAUAUCAUGUGUGUAUAUAUUGCAUGUAAAGUAUAUACUACCUUGCAUAAUGUAAUGAAUUCACAUUAUUGAAAGAUGGUAGGUAUAGGAAGAUAUUUUUUUUAUGUAUUUAGUUACUUUUUUAUAUUACUGUUCAAAAAUAUAAAUAUUUAUAAAAACAUGGAUAAAUUAAUGUUUUAUUACUUAAAUAUAUUUUUUAUUAUUUGUAAUAAGAAACAAUUUUUCGCAAUCCCCCCUUGCCCUCCCUUAAAAACCAAUUGUCAUUGAUGGAUUGGUCAUGUCACAGAAAUACACCCGUGGUUACCUACCCCUAGACUUAUUUAUUUUUUCUAUUCACUUUUUUAUUUUGAAAUAUUUUUAGACUCUUAAUGUUAUUUUGUUUGAGACUUUAAUGCAUAAUAACGACAGCUUUAUCUGCAAAUGUAAAUAUACCUCUCCUCUUUUUGCUGCAAAAGAAUUCAAAGUCAUUCUCUUCAGUUAGUGUUAACUCUAUUUAAUGGCUCAAAAUUAUCACUAACAGUCAAAAAUAAUUUUUAAGAAGUCAUUACUGUUUCUGAAAAUAUGCGUAUGGACCUAUAAUUUAGCUCUGCACUUCUUAAUCACCCUUUUUUACAAGCACAUCCAACAAAUAGACAUGAAAAAACUUGAAUAUUAUGAUUAAAAUUGCUGGGGGAAAAAUCAUUUCAUAAUAGUGUUUCAGCCACUCUUAGAAAAUUUUCUAUUUCAUGUUAGAAUACCCCAUAAGUUAAUUUUCCAGUUUUUAACUUGUCCUGGUUUCUGAAAUAUUCCUGCCUCCUGGGUGUAUAUAUGACUGCUCCUUUACAAGAAUCAAAUAUGUGUGUAUGCUCUUGUGUCUCUCGUCAUCAUUUGUCAAAACUUAAUUUUGUACAAUCAUUUCAACCAUCUGGAACUAUUUUCAGUACAUUUACUCACUUAGUUUAGAAAUGGUUAACCACCGUUAUUAUUAAGGACAUAAAAGAUAAGGGAAAAAUGAUUUAUUUAUGCAUAAAUUCUGUUAAGUCAACAAAUGAUUUAUUUUUAUUUUUAACAUUUCAAUAUAUCUAGCUAUUUUCAAGCAAUGAAGCAUUUAAAGGCAAUAAAUGCGGUCCGCAAAUUUUACUAACCAGACUGCUACUUAUUGAGAUGGUGUACAUUUACCAUCCUCUAUUUCUCAAGUUUCUAACAAGAUUGGGUAAUUCAUUAUCUUUCAAUACUAAUGCAAUCUAGUUCUAAAGUGCGAAUUUUUUUUUUCUCUCUUUUUUUUUCUUUCAGUGUGGUCAUGAAAUUAGGUUUGAACUUGCAGAAAUGUUUAUCAAUAGUUUUGUUAAGCAGCUCAUAGUAAUGUGUCAUUAUAAGUAUCUUCCAAGUCGAGGUUUACGUUAGGUUUACUUUAAAUUGAAUGACCUCAUGAAUUAAAAGUUUCUGAAAUGCCCUACUCGUGAGUUCAAGGUAACAGCUUGCAGGCUCAGUGCUUGAAUUAUACAAAACAUCAUCAAGUUAAUCCCCCAACUAUCUCUUCAUGUCAGCAAGUCCAUGGAUAUUUUACUUUCAAAAACUGGAAGAAAAAUAGUUUAUGGACUCUAGAUUAGGUACUGGGGGUUUGUAGGGAAUGUGGAAGGACUCAUUGAACACAUAGUGACUAUUGAGAACAGGACUGUUUAGCAUUAUUCACUAGGCCUAAUAGUUUUAAAAUAUCAGUCUUGGUUUCCAUGUUUUUGGACUGGAAACUUUAAAUAAGUAUCCUGAUAUUUUUCUAAUCGUUUUAUAAGACUCAUUUUUGAAUCGAAUUUCAUCAGCCCCUGCUAUAACACCAAAUAAGCACCAUCAAAAUUAAACAUUUUCGCUUAGUUUUCCUCCCCAUCACACUUUUUAUAAUGUACUCAUACUAAAUCCUUGGCGAAUUUUUUGUGAUUUUCUGAAUGGGUCAUUUCUUUUUUCUGAGGGCAGUUUUCUGAUUUCUAAUCUGGUCCGGCUGAGUUUGUCUUUUAAGACCAAGACUUCAUAAAUUUACUCAUCUGUUACAUCCUAGGUUCAUGGUCCCUAUUAUGAGAGAAAUAUCACUUCCUCUCUCAUUCAUUUUCCCAUGUGACCAUGUAUUUUCAAUCAUUGUGAUCAAACUAACAUGUCACCUUCUGUGUAGACUCUUUUUCUGAAAAAUAUCAAAAAAUAAUCUCCCACAUGUUCUUAUCUGCAGUCUCAAAUGUUGGGCUUUUGGAAUAAUGAUGUCAAAAAAGACGUACUUUUCGGUCUGCUAGUUGUAUCAAUUUUUCACCUCCCCUUUGUUCCCUCUGCAACGAUCUUGUAUCUUCAAACCUGACCCUGAAGGUACUUCCUUUUUUUUGGCUAAGUUUAACUAUCUCUCCUCUGAGUGUUUUCUGUUUUCUUUUUAAAGGUAUGUUUGUACCCAUAAUUGAGACACCAUAUAAAUAUUGACGCAUCUCUUCUAGAAGUUGCAACGGGAAGCACCAUCAAUUGUAAUUGCGAAUCCUCAGUUAAAAUAAUACAGUCAAUCCUGAUAUCAAUUUUUUAGGGCCUGUGGUAGCACAUUCCCUUACAAAUAUUGUUCCAUGCUUCCAUUAUGCUAAAGUUGGAAGCCUAUUUAGUCACACCAAGGUCAAUUUUAAUUGUUUACUCUGGGGAUUACAUAGCAAGCUACUUAAUACUCAUUUACCUACUAAUGACACUAAUUCCAUCAUACUCUACUCAAUCUCUUAUCUUAACAAUAUGUGUGAAAAUGUUUGUCCAAAAGAAAGAAAAAUUUGGCAAGGCGAUAGGAUCAUAAAUACAUGCAUUAGGAGAAAUUCAUACUAACGUAACAAAUGAACUGACACCAAACUCAAACGUAAAUCUGUGAAAGUCCUUGAUUUUUAGGAAAAUGUUUCUCAGCUAAGUCUACAACCACGUAACGUUAAGAAACUCUCACCUAGUUUAAUACUCAAAGAACAAACAUUCCAUGACAAUUUCAUGCCCUAGCCAGUCAGGAAAGGCUCUGUGGUUUUUAAUGCCAGCUAAAAAAACUGCAGUAAUAAAGCUCUUGAUUUUUUAGGAGAACACUCAUGUACUUACUUGUGAACGGAGAUGAAAGGAUCUGAAGGAUGACUUCUAAUCUUGAAAUGAGUAGAAGUAGGUGAAGUUGAAUUACCUACCCAAGCACUACUUGAUAAGAUAUUUAUUUUAUAUGUAUAAAUGAAAUAUAUUUUUAUUCAUUUUUAUAUGUAUUUAUCCUUUCGCUCAAAUUUUCAACUUUUUGAACAAGUUUCCACGAUUUUAGUCAGUAAUUAUUGCAUUUUAAGCAUUCUUACGUAAGCUGUAAUUGUUGUCAUUUUUAAUCAUUAAAAUUUAGUCUCAAGUAUUGAAAUUUUAAUUAUUUAUUUUUCUAAAUUGCGUUACCUAAAUGAAUUGUAUCUACUUAUUUCAAAACAAAAAAAAAAUAAAAAAUAAAUAAAUAAAUAUGCUGAAGGAAAUCCUUUCCAUGCAGUGUAAUGAAAUUAUGUUCACUUGUGAAUAAUUGAUAACAGAUUUCCAUUAAUAAAGGUACACUUCUUCAUUCGUAAAAUUAAACCCUCUCUUGCAAUGUAGACUCAAGUAAGAAAGCUUUCGCCAAGUAACUUGUUGACAUUUUCUGUUGGAAUGCUACUUUUCUCUGUAGUUUAUUUUUCUAAUUUCCAUUGUUUUCAAUUCAACACCUAAUCAUUUUUUUAUCCUUUGUAUUUUGACCUCCUGUCCCUCUCAUAAGUCUCUUGCUGAGUUGCUUUUGCAAUGAAUCAUCAACGUAAAUCAGUAAAAAAAAGCUCUUUGACUAUUUUUUCUACGAUGUUAUGUAACCCUAGUGAAGGGAUCAUCACUGAAAUUAAAGUAUACUUGUGAGAACAUUCUGCUACAGCAGUCUUUUUCUUAAGUAAGAGAGAAAGAAAAUUCAAUUAAAAUCAUCUCAUUACCAUCCAGCCCCUGAAAUGACACACGCUGAAAACCCUGUUUCUUAAUCCAUUUUAAUACAAAAGAAUAGAGCAAACCUCUACUAUUUUCACUCUGGUUGGAAGGAGUAACUACCAGAAUCUGUUCCUUCAGAAAGACUUCAUUAAUUUAACAUGCUGCACUGGUUCUGUGAACCACUCUAAUUCUUUGAUCUAGCGAGUUUCUUGAAAUUCUUUUCUCCGCGAACCAUUAUAAAUUGCUAAUGUUAUUUCAGUGCUUCCAUUUUCAUUGCUAGCACUGUUUGCUGAUCAUGACUUGUAGAAAAUUUGAUUGUUCGAGCUUUGAUUUCGUCCUUAGAAUCUCGGACCUGACUGAAAUUUUACGACCAGAUUAAAUAUAAAUGUAGUUAGCUGUAAUGACUUUCAUUGUAAAGAUACUAAUUCCAUUAAAUGAUUGCUGCAAAGACUUCACCAAAUGGAUACUGAAAUAGUAGAUAUAAGCAAUUUAUUAAGAAUUGUUGUAGAACCUAGGUAGUGACAUUCGAUUGAUUUUGAAUAGGUAAUUAGAUAAUCAAAAUCCAAACUCGGCUGAUAAACUAGAUUGACUCUACGAGCUGCUUUAGCAUAGUGUUUUUAUCUUUCCAAGUAUUGAAAAUAGUUAAGUGUAGUUGUGUAUGUUAAUGUAAAAUAUAUUUCUAUUUUUUUAUUUCCUCAUAAAAUAAUUGUAGUUGUUCAUGUCACCCAUGUAAGUCAGACAAACUAACAGAAUUACUUUAAAUCAUUUUGUACCGAUCGGUGAACAUUCCUCUUAACAUUAUUAAUCAAUUGCUGAACAGCUGCUUUCUAGACUUAUUCGCUAAGUCCUUGAUAGCUGUGAGAUUUCAAAAAGAGAUCUGUAAUUUGAGUUGAAAACAGUUAUUAAAAUCAAAUUUAAGCUGUAGCCACUUACUUACUGAAUGCAAUGGUUGAAAAUUUAGUAUCAGACUGUAAAAUGGAUGAGGUUCUCUGGCUAAAAACUUUACAAUUAUUUCAAUCAUGCCUCAGUUAAUAUCUUUAUUUUCCGUGACCAUUUUGCCAACUGACACAAGCUCAUGACUCAAAAUGUAAUAUCUCUUUGCAAAAUGUGCAAAUCUUUUGACUAGCAUUCUUUCAAUUUGAAGCAUUAAUCAUUGCUGACUGAUUGUUUCCGGGUGAAAAAUUGUCCUGUCAUUUGUUCCCUGUUUGUCUUUUUCAGUCCCAUGUGUUAUUGUAAGUAAGUAAACGUUGUUCUUGGUACCUUAUUUUGUAAGAAGUGUUCCAAUUGUGGGGAAGAAAGUUUUUUUACAUGAGGGGAAGGAAAAUGAAUCCUUGAAAAUCUUAAUGUAACCAACAAUUUUUUCCAAUUUAAAGUUAGGUAAUUGAAUAUUAUCAAGUAAAGUAAAUUAUUUCGGCGUAAAAGCUAAUCAAAAUUCUCUUUUUGAAAGUCUAGAAAAUUUUUUUAAUGAUAGAUAAUUUGACAGUUUCAUUGAUCAAAAAGCAUGGUUUUAGUUGGUUUUAAAGUUUGAUGUGUGUCUAGUAAAAUCAGCAGAGUAGGUACCUCUUUUGACAUUAAUCUUAAAUUUGGUUUUUCUGAACUGUAACUGUCCUAGUUGUUUUCUACUUGUUUUACUUUCAAUGAAAGACAAAAAUAGGAUUUAGACCUUGUAUCAUUGCGAUUUCGAACUGUUAUCUCAUCUUCUCAGUAGACGUAACGUCUAGCAGAUAAAAGAAGGAUUGGUAGGCCAAUGAAUUCCAGAUUUGUUGAAAAGUUAAUGGAUUGUAUUAAGUUUUGUGUUAGGCAUAUAGUGUGUUGAUUAAGUGUAAGGUAUGGAGUUGAGAAGUAGGCAAAAUUUAAUGUAAAGUUAAACAAAUUUAUGAAUUUAACUGAAGGUUGGAAAGAUUGUUUUUGUAAAUAAAACCUAAGGUCUGAUCCAUUUGAAGAUUCACUAAGAA